GAAUAGCUCACGGGUCAUUUUACUAUUUUUUUUUAAUGUAGCACAAUUGGAUAUCGACAUAUAGCUACCUAACUAUAUAUUAAUUAUUUACUUGUCUAGCUAUGUAACUGACUUUACAUCUAUGGGAAAUGUAAGAUUAUAUCAUGUCGCCAGCUCAAUAUCUAAUCAGCUAGCUAUUUAGCUAACGGACUAGCUACCUAUACAUCCAUAUUCUAUAUCGCUUAUCCUGCUACCUAUACAGUCUUUGUUAAUAUUAUGAUUUGAGUAGUCUGCCUAUCUUGUCUAACUUGCCAGUUUGUAAUUCCAACCAAAAUAGCCCAUAUAUACUACCUUCUACAGAUGGAUUUUUCAAUGGAAGUUUAGUAUUGGCAUUUGUAGCUAAUGUUAAACCAACACUUCUCACGCCCUCUUGGAUAUUUUUAGCGCGGACGAUCAGAAGCUCCGUGUGUGCUAACCGAGUGGCGCUCACGUUAGUCACGGUUCCGAAAAGGUUCUACUCGGCUUAAUUAGGACAUCCGAGAAGGACGGACGGACCGCAACACGGCAGCAGACUUCCACCAGCACUAGGACACUUUACCGGAGCAUAUCCCGGUGCCAGAGCCAGAGGAACAAAGCUGAUCAUCAUGGAGGUUUUGAUGGAGCGUUUGGAGCGGGCUGUCACGCGCCUGGAGCAGGUGACAGCGUCCAGGGGCGUGUCCAAUGGAGACUGUGUCGUCAAUGGAGAUGCUUCCAAGUGUGUGGAGGCCUUCGAUGUGCUUCUGAGAGGUCCACUGACGGACUACAUGAACAUCAGCCAGGCCAUUGGCAGCGAAGUGGAGAAACACGCGGAGAUGGUGAACCAAGCCUUGCACACUCAGAAGACUUUCCUCACCAUGGCUGCAACACACCAGGAACCUGCACAGGUAGAACUUCACGACCUGCUGAAGCCCAUCUCUGACCACAUCCAGGAGAUCCAGACCUUCAGAGAGCGGAACCGGGGAAGCGGCCUAUUCAACCACCUCUCAGCCGUCAGCGAGAGCAUCCCCGCCCUGGGCUGGGUGGCCGUGAACCAGAAGCCAGGCCCGUACGUGAAGGAGAUGAAUGACGCCGCCACCUUCUACACCAACAGAGUACUGAAGGACUACAAAGAAACGGACCGACGCCACGUGGACUGGGUGCGCUCCUACUUGUCCAUCUGGACCCACAUGCAGUCCUUCAUCAAGCAGCACCACACCAGCGGACUCGUCUGGAGCAAGACGGGUCCCAUUGCCCCUCCUUCUCUUAUUGAGGCCCCCAGUGCUUCCUGUCCUCCUCCUGGCCCUCCUCCUCCCCCUCCUCCUGGACCUCCUCCUGCAUUGUCAGAUGAAGACUCCCAGGUUCAGAGCGGGAGCUCGUCAGCACCAUCAUCCCAGCACUCUGCUCUGUUUGCCCAGCUCAACCAGGGCUUGGACAUCACUAAAGGUCUGAAGCACGUCUCAGACCAGCAGAAGACCCACAAGAACCCGCACCUUCGCUCCCAGGAAGCGGCGGGAAGGUACGGCGCCAAAGCUGGGACAAAGAAGUCCCCUGAAAAGACGGCAGUGCGGAAAAGGCUCCCUCUGCUGGAACUGGAGGGCAAGAAGUGGAGGGUGGAAAACUUUGAGAAGAAGCAUGACCUGCUGAUCGAGGACACGGAGCUCAAGCAGGUGGCGUACGUCUUCGGGUGCGAGGACACCACGCUGCAGAUUAAAGGAAAGCUCAACUCCAUCAUCGUGGAUAACUGUAAGAAGUUGGGUAUAGUUUUCGAGAGCGUUGUGGGGAUUGUGGAGAUAAUCAAUUCCAAGGCUGUCCAGUUACAGGUGUUGGGAAGAGUUCCCACUAUUUCCAUCAACAAAACAGAAGGAUGCCAGGUGUACCUGAGUCCUGAAUCCCUGAAGUGCGACAUCGUCAGCGCUAAAAGCUCCGAGAUGAACGUCCUGAUACCGCAAGGGGACGACGAAUACAAAGAGUUCCCGCUUCCCGAGCAGUUCAAGACCAUCUGGGACGGGGCCAAGCUGGUAACAGAACCCACCGAGAUGGCAGGCGCGUCAGACACACCUUUACAGAUCCUCGCGGGAGGGUGUGUUUACACUGACGUCAUAGCAGCUCGGCAGAAAAGAAUAAGAUCAUAGAUUAAACAUCAUGUUUCAUGGCAUACCAGUGACAGGGAGUGUGGGUGGAGUUCCAGCCAACAAGCCUGAGUUGUAUGAGGAGGUGAAAUUAUACAAAAAUGCCAGAGAAAGAGAAAAGUACGACAACAUGGCUGA